GGAGAAGUUUCGCAGAAGGAAAGGUGUCGAGUACAGAGUAAUACUGUGAGAUAAUAGCCCAAAGGAAUCUGGUCUGAUCAAUACCGGAGGAACUUCCAGCGCACCUGCAGUUAAUACGGAGCGAGGGAGUAACCACCGAGAGGAAAUCCACCACGAUUCGAGUCAAGCUCCGACAUUGGCCUCACCAGUCGCAGGUCAUCCCACGCCGUCACUCUUACUUACCUGCGCCACGGCUACACGGCCUCUUCUUAGCCUCUUCCGCACGUUCUUUGUAUCGGACUCGAUCAAGUCCCUGAUACUUGCUCUUUGAUCUUUGAGGAGGUGGUUGGAGUAUGGGGUUGGAUAUGACCGACAAAGGGAAUACCACAGCUGAGAACACGACGCGUCAAGCAAAGACUUCUGCCAGGUCCAGAGCACAAGAAAACUCUCAGUCCUCGUGGUUUUCAUUACCACAACCCAUAAAACGCGUAUUCGAUAGGUUUCCUCUCGUCACCUAUCCUGCGAACGACCUCCCCCAAAGAGCUCCCGGACGUCGGAACGAAAACAUCCUCUACAUUUUUCAGUCAGAAGACCAACCAAGUCGAGAUGCUCCUUCCUUCAACCCAUCUUGUUUGAAAUGGCAAGCCUACCUGAAGUUUCACGGCAUCCCUCUACGAACUCGACCAUCCAACAAUCAUGCUUCACCAAGUGGUUCUCUACCGUUUCUUCUGCCUGCGUCUCAAGACCCUCAACGACCAGCCUCUCCCGUUCCCGCCAGCCGAAUCGCGAAAUGGGUGAUAUCACAAGGAGGAAAGGAGGAAGCUGUACAUCCGCGGCAAGAAGCCUAUACGGCACUAAUUGAUCAUAAUAUCCGGAGCGCAUGGUUGUACUAUUUGUACCUGGACAAAGAUAACUUCAACGCUGUAGCAUGGCCAAUGUAUGUUGCCAGCGCUUCAACAUCCUGGCCUGUCCAGUUGAGCCUUGCAUAUCAACUUCGCAACGCUGCCAGAGAGGAAUUGUUGAAGACCAAUACCAUCAUUGAUCCACAAGAACUGUACAGCCAAGCAGAAGAAGCAUUCCGAGCACUAUCCAUUCUCCUAGGCGAGAACAGAUUCUUCUUUGGACAAACCACACCCGGCCUUUUCGACGCAAGUCUUUUCGCAUAUACCCAGAUCAUCCUCGAUGAUGGCAUUGAAUGGAAAACACCGUCGUUGAAGACGGCUCUGCAACGUCACGAAAAUCUUGUACAGCAUAGAGCACGUUUGGCGCGUGGCUUCUUUUCCAGCCGGACUCGAAACACCUAGUAUUCCCCGGACAAUUGAGUGACCCAUACGCUCAUGAAUCAGGACGUUUUUCGAAAUAUACCUCCAAACCAAACCGUCACACCAACCCAUUUCUCAGAUCGACCACCAAGCAGUGGCACCAUGGAUUUGUCCACGACUCUCUCCUCGACUUUGUCAAUAACACUCAGACCAUUUCUGGCUGCUUCGUCCUCGACUUCGGCGACCGUGUGAGCAUAACUUGUUGGGCGGAUCUUCUCGCCGGUUUUAGGAUCCACGAAUCCAGCUUGACUCAUCGCACCCAUCUCGGCGUGCAUGUUCGUCAACAGCAGGAUUCCGCCAGGUUUGAGAAUCUUUGCGACAUGGCUGAAGAAGGUGUCUGUCGGAAUAUGUUCAAGGACCAGUGUUGAUACCACAGCGUCAGCACCAAUGGCCGAAUCAGGCGGAGAAGGUUGCUCUAUCAUGUCGAAGACUUCCAAUUUCAAUUGGCCUUCCUUUCUGUGUUUAUCCAACCGUCGCCCGGCCACGUCGAGCAUGCCAGGACUCACAUCUAGCCCGACGACACGGGCGUCUUCGACUUCCAACAAUGCAGCCGUAUUUCUGCCCGUCCCGCAGCCAAGGUCGACCAAUUUCCAUGGCCGGGGUAGUUGUGACGUCCCCAGCAAGCUGAACAUACGUGGCAUAAGCUUCUUCAUCUCGAUGGUGUCCAAGGCUUGCAGAAAGUUGCCAUCACUGUCGUACACGGCCGCCCAGAGAUCGUAGGCUUGAGACGUGGACAGAUACCGGACCAUUGAAUCUGUUGAUUGCGGGAUUACUUUGGCCAUGUUCGAAUUCGUGUUAUGGAAAGUGUAGAUACUAGACCGGAAGAGUUGUAGGCCAGGCUCGUAUGUGUAUAAAAGGGCUGGAUGUUGAAAAAGGAGGCGGGUCAAAGGGGACAGGUAGAAAAUAUACUGUGAUACAAUA